AUGGCUGCCCGUUCGGAUAUCCGCACACGAGGUGCAGUAGCGACGGGUUCAACCGCAGACGCAGUCAUAACUGUUGAGCCUCUCAAUGCCCUCGCUUUCUGGUGGACCGUCUGGAUCUGGUCAAGGGAUGGGCCUGGCAAUCGACACCUGUAA